AUGUCUUCGCUUGAUGAGCUGUUCAAGAAACCCUCAGCACGUAGCAACAAACGAAAGCUAGAGAUCAAUGGACACAAUGCAGAUGCGGUGUACAAGGCGACAAAGACAAGCGCAAAUGGAGAUGUCAAGACCAACGGAAGAGCCACAGUGGAGGACGAGGUUGAAGACGACGACGAUGUAGCGGCAGGCCCUGAACUACCACCGGAUGAAGAGGAGCAGCUGUCCGAUGAUGAUGAGGAAGGCAGGUUCUUUGGAGGCGGCCUUACGAGAGAUACAGCCGAUGUGAUGGACUUCAUCGACGAGCAGGAUAAGGACGAGACCAAAUCUGAAAAGGUCGAUAUAGCCUGGCUAAGGAAGCUGGCCUUGAACUUUGAGAAGAGGAUAUCCAAGAAUACAGAACUACGAGCCAAGUUCGAAGACAAGCCGGAAAAGUUUAUGGGCUCAGAAGCAGAUUUAGAUGCAGACAUUAAAGCGCUCUCCAUCCUCUCCGAACACUCCGAGCUCUACGAAGAAUUCGCGAAGCUCGGCUGUGUCUCCUCUCUCGUCUCCCUACUGUCUCACGACAACACAGAUAUCGCUAUUGACUCAAUCGAAAUCAUUAACGAGCUUACAGACGAAAACGUUGAAGCAGAGCAAGAGCAAUGGGACGCACUCGUCGAUGCGAUGCUAGAAGCUGAUCUCCUAAAUCUCCUAUACGAGAACAUAUCGCGUUUAAAUGAGGAUAUUGAAUCCGACCGUGCAGGUAUAUACCACGUCCUCAGUGUCCUCGAAAACCUCUCGUCCCGCCCGUCCAUUGCCGCUACACUCGGCCAGAAAACUGAGCUCCUCCCCUGGCUCCUCUCCAGGAUCCGCAGACCAGAACCAACGGUCUCCCAAAACAAACAGUAUGCUGCCGAAAUGCUCGCUAUACUUCUCCAGUCAUCCUCUGAAAUUGGCACCAAGGUGAUCUCCCUUGACGGCAUAGACGCGAUCCUACAACUACUCAGCCCCUACCGCAAGCGCGAUCCUGCGAAAGGCACCGAAGAGGAAGAAUAUAUGGCCAACAUUUUCGACUGCAUAACCUGUCUCGUCGACCCUCCCGCCGGCAAAAUCAAGUUCGUAGAAGCAGAAGGUAUCGAGCUCUGCCUCAUCAUGUUACGAGAAGGGAAACUGAGCAAACCACGCGCCAUACGACUUAUCAAUCAUGCACUGGGAGGAGCAGAGGAUGCUUCAUGCUGUGAGAAGCUUGUGGAAGCGGCAGGCUUGAAACCAACAUUUGGACUAUUCAUGAAGAAACAGGAUAAAGAAACGACGGAGCAUUUGCUUGGGAUUUUGGCUUCUAUGUUACGCUCGCUUCCAGCUAACGAAGCUCCAAGGAUUCGCCUGCUUGCUAAAUUUGUAGAGAAGGAUUAUCAGGCUUGUGAUCGUCUAGUCAAGCUCAGGCGAGAGUAUGCAUCAAAAGUGGCGGUGAUUGACCGAGAGAUCGGGCAGGAGAGAGCGAGGGUCGAUGCUGCGGAGUCGGAGGAAAGAGCCGAUGAGUGGUUCAGCAGACGGCUGGAUGCUGGGCUGUAUGUUCUGCAGACGGUUGACGUCAUUCUGGCAUGGCUGGUAGCCGAAGACGAUGGAGCGAGGCGGAAGAUUCAAGCUCUAGCUGGUCGGGACGGGAUUUUGGAGGACGUCAGGGCUACGCUACAGGAACAAGUCGACAUUAUGGAUGCGAACCCCGAGAACCCGGAUUCGAUGCUGAAGGAUAUGCUCAGCACACUCAUAAAGCAUCUGAUCUAA